AUGGCACCGCCGCUUUUCUGGUGGGGGGAGGAGAAGCCGAGGGUGACGCCGGUGGUGGUGAAGAUGUCCAACCCUAACUACUCCCUGGUGGAGCUCUCCUCCCCCGCCGCCGCCGGUCAGAAGGGCUCUCGUGGGAAGAACGCGAAGCAGCUCACCUGGGUCCUCCUCCUGCGGGCCCACCGCGCCGCCGGCUGCCUUACCUCCCUCGCCGCCGCCGCCUCCUCCCUCGCCGCGGCCGUCCGCCGCCGCGUCGCUUCUGGGCAAACCGACGCCGCCGACGAAGAGGAGGAAGACGAAGAGGAUGGGGAGGAGGCCGCCGCUGGCGGCGCCGCCGAUGAGCUGGUUGGCCGGCGGCGAUACGGGGGAAGGUUCUAUUCCUGCAUAUACGGCUUCCUGCUCCUGUCCGUGGCCAUGCUGGGGUUCGAGGUGGCGGCCUACUUGCAGGGCUGGCAGCUGGGCGCCGCCGAGCUGCGGCGGCUGCCGCUGCGGGUGAGGGGGGCCUUCGACUGGGUCUAUGCGUGGUGGGUGAUGGCGAGGGCGGAGUACCUCGCUCCACCAUUGCAGCACCUCGCCAACGUCUGCGUGGUGCUCUUCCUCAUCCAGAGCGCCGACCGCCUCGUCCUCUGCCUCGGCUGCUUCUGGAUCAAGCUGAGGAAGAUCAGGCCCGUCGCCGGCGCCGGCGCCGGAGAAGACGACCCGGAGUCCGGCGGGUUGUUUUUCCCCAGGGUUCUGGUGCAGAUUCCCAUGUGCAACGAGAAGGAGGUCUACCAGCAGUCCAUCGCCGCCGUGUGCGGGCUGGACUGGCCGCCGUCGGAUCUGCUGAUCCAGGUGCUCGACGACUCCGACGAGGAGCCGACGAGGGCGCUGAUCCGGGAGGAGGUCGCCAAGUGGCGUUGCUCCGGCGUAAACAUCGUGUACCGCCACCGGGAGGUCCGGGAAGGGUACAAGGCUGGCAACCUCAAGUCCGCCAUGGCCUGCGACUAUGUGCAGGGGUACGAGUUCGUCGCCAUCUUCGACGCUGACUUUCAGCCCGCCCCAGACUUCUUGAAGAAGACGGUCCCCCACUUCAAGGUGAGCAGAACCUUCCUCCCAUCGCCAUGGCCGGCCCUCUGCAAAUCGCGGAGGGGGAGCUCUGAUUAAUGGCCGCUGGUGCAGGGGAAGGAGCGGGUGGGGCUGGUGCAGGCGAGGUGGUCCUUCGUCAACAGGGAUGAGAACCUGCUGACCCGCCUGCAGAACGUCAACCUCUGCUUCCACUUCGAGGUGGAGCAGCAGGUCAACAGCGUCUUCCUCGGCUUCUUCGGGUUCAACGGAACGGCGGGGGUGUGGAGGAUCAAGGCCUUGGAGGACGCCGGCGGGUGGAUGGACAGAACCACCGUCGAGGACAUGGACAUCGCCGUUCGAGCUCAUCUCAAGGGCUGGAAGUUCGUCUUCCUCAACGACGUCGAGGUUGUUGACCUUCUUCCUCCUCCUUCCUCCAUUCUCCACCAUCGCCACCCUCCUCUGACUCACUCAGUCCCCUUCUUCCUCUUCCCCUCGCUGACAGUGCCAGUGCGAGCUGCCGGAGUCCUACGAAGCUUACCGGAAGCAGCAGCACCGGUGGCACUCCGGGCCCAUGCAGCUCUUCCGCCUCUGCUUCGCCGAUAUCCUCCGAUCCGAGGUACGCCCGCCAUGGCCAUCUUCCUCAACUGAUCUGAACUGAACUGAACCGUGAGAGAAAUUUGCAGAUCGGAUUCUGGAAGAAGUCGAACCUGAUCCUGCUCUUCUUCCUCCUGCGGAAGCUGAUCCUGCCCUUCUACUCCUUCACCCUCUUCUGCAUCCUGCUCCCCAUGACCAUGUUUGUCCCCGAGGCGGAACUCCCGACGUGGGUCGUCUGCUACAUCCCAGCCACCAUGUCCUUCCUCAACAUCCUGCCCUCCCCGAGGUCCUUCCCCUUCAUCGUCCCCUACCUCCUGUUCGAGAACACCAUGUCCGUGACCAAAUUCAACGCCAUGAUCUCCGGCCUGCUCCGCCUCGGCAGCGCUUACGAGUGGGUGGUCACAAAGAAGUCCGGCCGCUCCUCGGAGGGGGACCUGCUGGCGAUGGCGGAGAGAGACCCCCUGAAGCGGCCGCACAAGGAACAGAGGAAGAAGAAGAAGCACAACAGGAUCUACCGGAAGGAACUGGCCCUCUCUUUUCUCCUCCUCACCGCCGCCGCCAGGAGCCUCCUGUCGGCGCAGGGCAUCCACUUCUACUUCCUGCUCUUCCAGGGGGUCUCCUUCUUGCUGGUGGGUCUCGACUUGAUCGGCGAGCAGAUAGAAUGA